AUGCAGAUCCCCUUUCACGCCACCCUAACCCCAGGCCCCCACUCAGCCGUCCCCAGCCCUCCUAUCACCCUCGACCGUGACUGCCGGUCCCUGAGGAGAGCAGGGAAGGACCGACCACCGUGUAGAGGACAUGCAUCCAGGAAGGCGGCAGGAGUGGAGGCCAGGCGGGUGUCCACCAGCUUGAAGAUGGCAGAUGGUGGGGACGUGGCCUCUGGGGCUCCCCAGCCCACCUGCAUCAAGGUGGACAUCCACCAGGAGUCGGCUCUGGCCAAGCUGCUGCUGAGUAGGUGUCCCCUGCUGCAGCCCCACGUGCCCUCGCCGCACGCCGCCUCCCGGGCCCUGGGCCACCGCCGGCUGCUGGUGGCCUCCUGGGCGGUGCAGAUCAUGCUGGGGGUGUUCAGUGGGGUCCUGGGGGGAUUCCUCUUCAUCUCCUACUACACCACGCUGCUUGGAUCGGGAGCCCCCAUCUGGACAGGGGCCGUGGCUGUGCUGGCUGGAGCUGUCGCCUUCAUUUAUGAGAAACGAGGUGGCACCUACUGGGCCCUGCUGAGGACCCUGCUCGCCCUGGCAGCUUUCUCCACGGCCACAGCCGCCAUCAUCAUUGGGGCUAGAAGUUUCCAUGAGUACCACCAUUUUCUCUUUAAUGGUAUCUGUGAUGUCUCCCCUUCCUGGAGGCCCACCGGGGCCCCCAGCUCUCCGAGUGCAGACGAGGGAAGGCUGCAGCUGUGCACCUCCUAUGUGAACAUGCUGAAGGCCCUGUUCAUAAGCAUCAAUGCCAUGCUGUUGGGGGUCUGGGCUCUGCUGCUUCUAGCGUCUCUGGUCCCCCUGUGUCUGUGCUGCUGGAGAAAAUACCGAUCUAAGGAGAAAAGAGACCCUCCCUUGGAAGAAACUGCUGGGAGUGAGUGA